GAGUGCCGCGAUAGCGCGCUUCCCUCCGCGACGUCGUCCAGGAACCGCAGCUGCGAGCGGCGUCUCAGUGCGCGGGCGGCCAGCUGUGCGCCGAGGGUUCCCUCCACGACGCCUGCUUCCAGGGUGUUUCCCGAACUCGGCGCGGACGACCGACACAUCCCACAACUGCGGAGCGUCUGGGGCUAGACUCGGGCUUCCGGAUCGGCGCCGGAGACCUCGGGGCCAUGGGGGCGAGCCAGAGCCAGCUGACCCGGGAGGAGCUUCGGGACUACACGGAGCUGACCUACCUGAGCAAGAAAGAGAUCAUAUACGCUUUCAAACGGUUCAAGGCCAUCUCGCCGGACCAGGUCAACUCCGACAAGGAGAUUCGCCUCCCAGUGCGGGACGUCGAAAUUCUGCCUGAGUUCAGUAGCAACCCGUUCCGGGACCGGCUGCUGCGCACGUUCUCGUCACUAAAGGACGAUCGCCUCUCCUUCGAGGACUUCCUGGACCUGCUCAGCGUGCUCAGCGAGGCCGCGCCCAUCGAUGUCAAGAUGGAGUACGCCUUCCAGGUCUUCGAUUUCAACGACGACGGCGAGCUGUGCAAGGAGGACCUGGCUGAGCUGAUUCACCGCCUCACCUGGCUGCACGACAAGAAGCUCGAGCACCAAGAAGUGCAGCUGCUCAUCGAGAACGUGCUCCGAGAAGCGGACCUGGACCAAAACGGAAGACUCUCCUUGCUUGAGUUCCAGCACUGCAUGCGCAAGAACCCGGACUUCGAAAGCUGUUUCCGCCUGCGAUUGUGAAGCAGCCUGCAACCCAAAGUGAUGAACGACGAACUGCUUCGCUUCAGUGACGUCAUUUCUCCCUAAAACACCCGAAACUGGGAGGAUAAACUCCAAACAACCGAAGUGGAAGAAACAGAAAAUUACGACAGACGUCAACAUUCCUGUUGUUUUUUAUUCCGUGAAAGUUGUUCAAUUAAAAACCCAAUGAAACGA